AUGCCUGCUCCCCCCCCCCCCUUUCUCCAAAUGCGGGGAUGCGGGGGGACCACACCCGGCUUGGUUGCUGGCUGCCCGGUCAUGCCUACAGCCUCUCCUUUUCCUCUCGUCCAGACAUGGGGUACUUUCAUGGGGGCUCCAUCUUCCUUCAUCAGCCCAUACACACGUGCGCACCUUUUCGCAUGUGUGUGGCACCCGCGCCUCCCCUUUGUUUCUGCUGAGCAUGCUUGCACGUCCCUCUCUCUCUCUCCCUCUUCUCCCUCUUCUCCCUCCUUCCUGGACAGGAGACGAGAGAUGCUCGCAAUACUCAGCAUGGCUCCCUCUUCCCCGCACACAGCAUAG